CUUUAUCUUUAUCUUUAUAUGACCAAGUUAACAUUAGACAAUAUUCAUCAAGAGCUUGAAUCCGAUAUCAAAGUCAAAGUAGCAGCGGUAGAUAUCGAUGGUGUAUUACGUGGAAAGGUCAUGCAUAAAGACAAGUUUUUAAACAUUGUCAAAGACGGUUUCGGAUUCUGUUCCGUUAUCUUUGGCUGGGAUAUCAGCGAUAAGGCAUAUACAACUGCCACAGAGUUUGCGGGAGAAGAUGCGUCUUUUUUUGAUUUGAUUGCCAAGGUUGAUCUUGAGUCAUACCGUCGUAUUCCGUGGGAGGAUAACAUACCAUUCUUUUUUGUCACUCUCUAUCAUCCUCAUACCAACGAACGACUUCAUUGCUGUCCACGUAGCUUACUGAAGGAUGCAUCUGAAGAGUAUUCGAAAGAAUGGGGUAUCACGCCUUACUGUGGUGUCGAGUUUGAAUUUUAUUGCUUUAAAGAAACUAUAGAAAACCUAACAAGCAAAGGAUACCAAUCACCAACACCGUUGACACUUGGAAUGUGUGGAUACUCUCUUCUACGUCCAUUAGAAAAUCAAGAGUUUUACUAUAAUACGUUUGACUGGCUCAAGCAAUUUAAUGUGGAUAUUGAAAGUUGGCAUACAGAGACAGGACCAGGCGUGUUUGAGGCAGCAGUGAGCUAUAACAAAGCAGUAGAAAUGGGCGAUCGAGGCACAUUAUUCAAGACUUCUGUAAAGCAAAUUGCAAAGAAGUAUGGGAUCAUGGCUUCCUUUAUGGCCAAGCCUUAUUCUGAUCUUCCUGGAUGCUCGGGUCAUAUGCACUUUAGUCUCAAGAAUAAGGAGGGUGAAAAUGUGUUUGCUGUAGGUGAAAAGAGUGAAAAGUAUCCCAAUAUGACCAAGAUGAUGGUUUGGUUUGUGGCCGGUGUUUUGAAAGCAUUGCCUAGUAUAAUGGCCAUUCUAGCACCUACAAUCAAAAGUUUAAAAAAAAGAAAGAGUUGUAAUGGUUGUGCCAGUUAUAAGAGACUUGUUGAAAACUUUUGGGCACCCGUCAGUGUCUCUUGGGGAUUUGACUCUCGUCAUACUGCCAUUCGUGUCAUUGUACCUCCGUCUACCUCUGAGAGUGCUAGCCGAAUUGAAAUGAGAGUUUCAGGAGCAGAUAUCAAUCCACAUUUGGCAUUGGCCGCUAUCCUCAAGUGUGGUGCUUGGGGAAUCAAGACAAAGCAAGAGCUACCAACGGGACCAAGUCAGUCAGCCAAGGAUGUAACACAUAAUGAACGAUUAGCUCGUACAUUACAAGAGGCUAUAGCAGCUAUGGAAGCCAAGGAUUCUGUUGCACGUAUGGUAUUGGGAGAUAGCUUUGUGAAUCACUUUGUCAGUACAAGGAAACAUGAAUGGAAUUUGUGGCAGGUUGCUGUGACUGAUUACGAAUUGAAACGUUACAUGGAGUUAGUUUAAAUUCUAUGACUUUUUUUUGCCAAUAAAAACACGGUUCCUGCCCACUGUGGAUCACAGUC